CAUACAACAAACUUGUACAUUUAUAGUUUAUUCAGAUUUUUUGUAGUUUAUGUAGAACAAGUGUUCAAUUUUGUUAUAGAUUGCUACUGAUUAUUUUACCAAGAAAAGAAAAGAAAGGAAAACAAAAAGAAAAGAGAAUCCUGACAGAAAUUGGUUUGCAUUGUAUAGCAAAUGGCACUAUUUUUAAUUUAAUGUAAUUUUCUUUUUAAAAAAAAACAAAAAAAAAACACAGGUGUAGUUCUGCGGUGGCAAUCUGGGUCAUUCGCAACUGCACUGCUUGUACUGUCUACAUUUACGCCCCUGCUGUUCACUAGCUGAUGCACAGAAUGUAUUUUAACUACGAAUGUAGAAUAACACUGUGAGAAGAUAACCAUUCAUAACCAUACAUUUGAAAUUAAUACAUUUAUUGUGUCUAUAUUACACCAGUUGAGCAACAGCUUCUGCUCAGGUGAAGCAUCAUUACAUGGACAAAUAAUGUAGGUUUGUUUAUGAUUAUAAUUACAUGUAAAUGAUCAUUCAGGACAGCACUGCAUGUGGUAGCAUAGCAUUAUUUUAAGGAAGAGAUAGGGGACAUUUUGAGCAUUGAGGGGAAUGUGUCUUUUCCAAUAUAUAUUAAAACUACUAUUAUACAAACUUGCUGUAGUUGUUUUAGUAGCAGUGUUUGUUUAGUCAGUUUACAAUUGUGGAGAUAAGGGUUUUAUUGUGAAGAGCCGGAUGUCCUGUUAUUGUUGCUUCUGGUGGAUCACAGGCAGCAGCAGAGCUCGCAGAUGCUUCAGCAUCCCUGCCUCCCUGCCUGAAAGAGACACCACAGCCACAUGACAUAACAGACGGAGGAAUGGUUCCCAAUGUUGAACAUGUCCACCCCCAGCGAGCUGAAGUCUCCCUGCGUGACUCGCAACGGUAUGGUGAAGUUGCCCCCCAGUCAGCCCAACGGUCUGGGAAGUGCGAGUAUCACCAAGGGGACACCUGCUGCCAAGAACCGUCUGUGCCAGUCCUCCUCGGUACCCUCCAUCCUGCCUCCUCCACCGUCCUCCCUUCCCUACCACCACCACCACCACCUGGACGGCUCUGGCAUGCCCAACUCAGCAGCCUCUCUCCUCGGCUCUGACAUGGAGCCUGGAAAGCCUCUGAUGGGCUUGAAGCCAUCCCUUCGCCAGCUUCCCCCUCUCACUCUACCCAAACCCAUGCUGCUGGAACGCCAGCUCGUCCUGGAUGAGAAGCUGCUCAACCGAUUGCUCUGGUACUUCACCACAGCUGAAAAAUGUGUGCUGGCGCAGGUAUGCAAGACAUGGCGUAAAGUGCUGUACCAGCCCAAGUUCUGGGAGGGUGUGACACCCAUCCUGCAUGCUAAGGAGCUAUAUACCCUGCUGCCCAACGGGGAGAAGGAGUUUGUCAGUCUGCAGGCCUUCGCCUUGCGUGGAUUCCAGUCUUUCUGCUUAGUGGGCGUCUCAGACCUGGACAUUUGUGAGUUCAUCGACAACUACCCCCUGUCCAAGAAAGGUGUUCGCUCAGUCAGUCUCAAGAGGUCCACCAUCACAGAUGCUGGUUUGGAGGUCAUGUUGGAGCAAAUGCAAGGCCUGAUGCACCUUGAACUGUCGGGCUGUAACGACUUCACAGAGGCUGGCUUGUGGUCCAGUCUGAAUGCCCGUCUAACUUCCCUCAGCGUCAGUGACUGCAUCAAUGUGGCCGAUGACGCCAUUGCUGCUAUCUCACAGCUCCUACCCAACCUAUCAGAGUUGAGCCUGCAGGCCUACCACGUCACUGACACGGCCAUGGCUUAUUUCACAGCCAAACAGGGUUACACCACCCACACUCUGCGGCUUCACUCCUGCUGGGAGAUCACCAAUCAUGGUGUGGUCAACAUGGUGCACAGCCUUCCCAACCUGACUGCCCUCAGCCUCUCCGGCUGCUCCAAGAUCACUGACGAUGGUGUGGAGCUGGUUGCUGAGAACCUGCGUAAGCUCCGCAGCCUGGACUUGUCCUGGUGCCCUCGGAUCACUGACAUGGCCCUGGAGUACAUAGCCUGUGACCUGCAUAAACUGGAAGAACUGGUGCUGGACAGGUGUGUGCGGAUCACAGACACUGGGUUGGGCUACUUGUCCACCAUGUCAUCAUUAAGGAGCCUCUAUCUGCGCUGGUGCUGUCAGGUGCAAGAUUUUGGACUGCAGCAUUUGUUUGGAAUGAGGAGUCUUCGCCUGUUGUCUCUUGCAGGCUGCCCCCUGCUGACCACCACCGGUCUGUCAGGCCUCAUCCAGCUGCAGGAACUGGAGGAGCUGGAGCUGACCAAUUGCCCCGGAGCCACCGCAGAGCUCUUCAAAUAUUACUCCCAGCACCUGCCCCACUGCAUGGUCAUUGAGUAAGACCACUGACCCACCCCACUGACCGACCGACCGACCGCCAUACUUCUACCUUCCUCCUCCUUACUCGUCCUCACUCCUUUCUCAAAUGCUAACCGGGAGACUGAACUGCUCCUAUCGUACCACCAUUCCUCAUUACCUCCUCUCCCCUCCCUUGCCCGUCUUCCUCCAUACCCCAUUGAGUAGACUGACCCACAGGCGGACAGAGAGGCAGGAAGGCAGAUGAUGGUACAUGCCAGACCCAGAGGAUGAUGGGAUGGCAUUCGAGCUUCAUUUCAGAAGAUGCCAGAGCGAGGAGCUUGGUGUGACGUCUUGUCUGACAGCAAGUUUCUUUUUCAGAAUCAACAUAAGGUUUGACGAAGGAGAGCUUCUCUAAAGACUAUGAUGAUUUUUUUUUAAGCUGAAUGGAUACUGAAGGGAGCGACGUGCACAUAUCCAGAUGAAGCGUAGAGGAAUUAGGAAAAGGGAAAUAAAGACUUUUGUGUUUGAGCUGAUACGGUGGAACUCACACAUGCGCUCAUACACUGUAAACACACUCACACACAUACUGUAUAUGGUAAGUGAAACAAAUGUAAGUCCUCAAGACCAUGAGUACUGACGUUUCUAUUUCCAUCACUCUGUGUAAUAUAACUGCUGUUAUUUUUUUUCUUAGAGGGUAUCAAAGGUUCAGUUUCCUCUUGUUUAGAGAGAGACACCAUAUGCCAGCUGGAGAACUGGGAAUCAGAGAGGACUAAAGAUGCAGUUCAGGAAGCAGAUGACAGGGACGGAACUUCUCUCUCUCUCUCUCUCUCUCUCUCUCUCUUUUUCUCUCUCUUCCUCUGCGUAUGAAGUGUGCGUCAUGAACUCACAGGUUCCCGUCUUUUUGGGAUACCACCACCUUUUUCCAUUUCUGUGUCUUAUAAGAAAAACAAAAAAGGAGAAUAUUUGAAAAACAACAGUUUACAUUUUUUUGUUUUGGAGUUGAUUGGCUCAUUAUGUCACUCUUUUUCCCCUCUCUGCUUCAUUUUUUGUACACAUAUUUAAUUUACAGAUCUGGAGGAUAAGCUGUCGUAAACUGUGAAUGUUGUGUUUUUAAAGGGGAAAUGUGUUGCUGAGGCAGUGUAACAUGAACAAGCAGUAAGUCAAAUGGAAAGCAAAGCGUGCAGAAAGUAUCUGACUUUAAUGCUUGAGAGUGUCUGCUCAAAUAAUGAAUAGGAAAUAAUGAAUGAAAAAACAAGGCGACUGUGGGGCUUAAAGCAACAGUAACGACUUAGUAUUUCAGGACUCAAACUAACAAAUAACUUCAGUUAACGGGGAGAUUUGCAAGCAGCUUUUCUGUUGGUGGGGUAGAUUUACCCAAAUUGGGCGGAAAUCUGGUUUUGGAAUUCUUCCUCUCUUCUUUCCAUUUUUGAAAUGCAGAUAGAAACACAUGGUGUUAAGUGUUUGAGUUGUGUGGUUCUGAAGCUGCUAGUGCAUUGUGUGACCCCCUUUUCUAAGGAAGGUAAAAGGGGAGGCAUUUCAUUCAGUAUUUAAUAUUAGAGCGCCGUGUCCACUACAGGCCAGGGACAGACAUAAACAGGAGCUAAGGGUAGGCUAAUGUGUCAGUUUUUGAAAGAUCAUUUAAUUUGUGGGAAUUUUACAAAUUUUCCCACAAACCCAGAGUCAGUGAACCUAAUAGAUUGCCUUUUUAUGUUUAUGUUUGAAGUUAGCCUAGCUUAGCUCAACUAGCUGAUGUCAAUGGGAUCAUGUAACAGCUCUUUUAACACUGGGUUAACACUACAAGACAUUUUUGUCCGUUCAUACAGUCACUAUGUCAGACUAGGCGAUUGUGGAGUCAUAAAAUCUUGCCGUGACUUGGCCGACAGAAAUCCCAGACUACACGUCUUUUCAAAAUUACAAGAGACUUUUAAUUUUGAACGGAUACUGGAAGUGUUGAGUUUGAAAUGACGGCGCAAUGCAUUAAUUUUUCACAGGGCAAACGGGAACUGAUUAAAAAUGAAAAAAAAAAAAAAAAUAGAAAAGGAGGAAAUAAUAAAUAACGGCCCGUUUCUAAUGUAGUCUAUUUCAAAUGAAGCUGGUAGCCUCUGCAGUUGUGGUGAGUAAAAGCCCUGCCACUUUUGUGAAUUUUAUUACUUAUAUCCUUAUUUAUUAUGCUAAAGAUCCUCUGCUGUUUUACGCUAUUAUUUUUCCGUUUCACUCUGUGUGGUAACGUCCCUCGAGGAAAUAUCUAAAAGGCUGGGAUGUUGUUGUCGUCGUACAGUGGUCCACAGCAGCAGACCGUUUGUGUUCUAUUGGUCAAAGUGACGGCUGUGACAGGACAAGUUGUGAAGGACAAAAAGAAAAUCAAACAUGCUAGACCUUCUGUCGGGACGGCAUGAGGUAUUUCAGACGUGGCAUCGGUCAUUGUCUACUAUGACACACCACACGAGAUGAAAUGGUGGAUUAUUAGGUACAAAACUCAUUGUUCACAAUCACUGGGCUAUAAUUGCGCUGAUAUAGUGUAGUGUGAACCCAACCUAAGCAGUUGGCCCUACAAUCGAUGGCUGGUCAAACAGUGCUAAAUGUUUGAAUUCUAACUGACAUUUCACAGCCGUCAUUGAAAUCAUAAUGUUUUUCAAAUCACUGCAAACUGAGAGGUGAGUGUAUUUGAAUCUUAAAACUGAAAAUUGCCUUUUAAAGGCAGACCAGCCUUUGGAAGUAAAUAAAAUGUGAGGAAAAACAAAAAAUAAGCUAAACAAUAAGCUGUCAUUUAGGAGUUUGCUUUUGUUGCUUUUAAAUCUGUUCACAUUAAACAUAAUUGGCAGAAAAAUAGGAUUGGCACUGUACAUUUCUGCAAACCACAGAUACAUUACAUUGAAUGUUGAAACUUUACAUUUCAACAAAGCUGUGGUUAACAUUUGGUUAAGUUUUGGCACAAAGGCACAGGGUUAAGUGUUAGGGGGUUAGGGUUUUUAGGAAAAGAAGUGAUGUACUAAUAUUCCCACUGGAAAAACCCCAUGUUUGGUGCCUAAAAAGCUGUUAUUUGUUCUCUCAUAGUGGUCUGCAGCUUGGCAGGCGUCUCACUGAGGUGUCACACCAUCCAAUGUUCCCUCUACCUCCCAAUGACAAAGUGCUCUCAUAUACUGCAUCAAUUUAGAAAUGCUGAUAUGAUACCUAUGAAAUUUACAAAUGUAAAGUAUUCAUUGUUUACUAAAAUGUACAAGGUCAGCAUUUUCUUCUGCCAACUUGGCUGAAAUAUUUGUUAAUUGGCCAGAUGGGAUAUGUUUGAUGGAACCACAUUGGUCUUGUUGAAUGAUAUGUUUUCUCUUUAUAGUGUACAAUAUUUUGUGCAGUAGCCUUAGACCUGCUUCGCCCCCAUCUAUUGGGCAAGUUGGGAGGAAACCAGCCAUGUUCCCAACAGUAUCACAGAGAAAACUUUACAUUAUUAAAGAUGUUGUGUAUGAUGGGGACUAAUGCAACAUAUACCAACUCUAGUGGCACCCCCAGAAUUGUUUUUUCCUAGGGGUGGAAAUGAAAAUGAAGCCUAAAUGUGAAGCAUUAUUUACCCCACUUCCCAACAAGUUAGAAUGAAUGGUUGGUACCAACAGAUGUUUUAGGCUGUCUAAGAUACCACUACUGUCCCUAGUUUAAAAAAUAGGCGUGCCACAGCCCUGUAAAGACAGUAACGUCCGCCUUCUACUUCUUCUAAACUAUAUUCAGGGUGGUCAUGGCCACCCAUUGAGGGUGCCACUGGGGGUUACACAGUGAAGACUUAAAGCAUAAUUUAGGUUUAUUUCAUCUUGGGUUGAAAACAUACCAACAGGUUAAUCAGAUAUAUUUAGAUGAUAAUGCUGUUUUUUUAGACAUUAGAUUCCACAGCCAUAAACUGAGCUAAGCUAGGCUAAGCUUUAUAUUCACCAUGCCUUUGUACUGCUAAACAAAAGGCAUCUACAAGUGUCUGACUCUGGGUAAGAAGUCAAAAUAGUAAAGUUUUCCAUGAACCAAAGUAUUUAUUAAACAUGGAAAUAAGUUACUGAUGCUUCAAAGGAAAAACAAAUUACUUUAAAGCCAGUAGUCGUGUUUCUUUUCCCGCGAUCUUCUGAUAUUAAAAGGACAAGAAUGAGCCCAACAGUGAGCCACUGUGCUGCUUUUUGCCUCUUGUGUGUCCUCAGAUGUGCUGACUGCCAACUGAAGGGAUUGGAUCAGUGUCAGCCAGUGUUAGGUUGUGCCAAAUGCAUCCGCAGCAGCACAUAAAAUGUGGCUGGUUGCCUCUAGCUGAUCGCUGACUACACUGAAACGGACUGAGCGUGUACUGUACGGACAUGGCGGACCAUGCAUGAUUUUAGUUGGUCUGCAUUGUGUUUCAGGAAGGCUCAUUUUAGAGGUUGUUCUGAAUCUCUUCAUUGUACAUAAGUAUAUUUAUUUAUUUAUCUAUUUAUUUAAAUUAAUUUGUGUCUUAUUUACGUGAUUUAUUUAUUGAAGAGACAUUCUUCUGAGGAUUUUGUUUCAUGGAACUUGCUUCAAAUUUGGGCCUGAAUUAGCUUAUGCAUUGAUUGUUGUUGUUUUUUUUUUUAAAUUAUAAUUAUGAUUUUCUGACAUUUCAGACCCCGAAGUGAAAUAAUCUACUUAUUACACAUUUAACAUACUCUUUUAGACACCAGUGACAAUUAACAUCAUUAACACUGACUUAAAGUUUUUAAAUCUUCAUAAUGCGCAAGGGUAUAUUUUCCUCUGUGCAAGUGUUUGUCAACUUUGUAUUGCUGUCGGGUCCGUCACUAAGAAUAAGGGGGCAAACAGUGGUGAUAAGUUAUAUUUCCUGUCAUUGUCCUGAAUGUGGAAAUACAGAGUAUGAUAUACAUAAAAGCAUUUGAAGUCUGA